AUGGCUGUUAUGUCUGAGCCUUUUGACUGGGAAUCUCUUCAGUUCUUAGACCACGGUGAUGCUCCUCCCAACGUGCCCACUCGUCGGGUGCCUCGUCCUCGUCCUGUGGUGCCGGUGCUGCCUCAGGAAGAGCUGGUGCUGACGCUCACUCAGUUUACACAUCUUCCCACAACUUCUCCCAGCCUGUCUCGAGCCCUGACUUCAGAUAGUUUGACGCUCCAGGCGCUUGGGCUUGUUGAAGAUAACUACUUGCAUGGUCACAGCAGGACGCUCUCAGACAUUCUGAUCACCAGCAGUGAGGGCCGCCUGGGUGCCAUGUCGCCCCAACUUCCAAGAAGAGGCCGUCCUCCCGUGGCUGGCUCGCGUCCUAGACACCGCCUAAGUGCUAGUAUUUCACGUACUAGGUCUCAGCGUACAGCGCCUUAUGGCGAAGGUGCUCCAGGCACCAUCUGGUUAUAUACCAACGCUGAUUCCGUGCAAAACGACAAGCCAGUGUGUGCUGGUACACUUGAUCGUGGCAUCAUGGAAGAAUAUGCUGCUUCUGAUUCAGCUCGUACCACUCAUCGCCAAACAGUGGCUACUGUUAAGAAGGAGUUUGCUGCUGAGGACGCUUUUCGCAGCCAAUUCUCCAGAGGCAGAAGACGUCGUCCUAGCGAUGAAGAAUACGUCGACCAGACUCGUCUCAAUAAGAGAAGAAAGCUGCAAGGUAGUGGCUGUGAGUGGCGUCCGGAGCUGGUUUACAAGACUUAUGUGGACUGUAAACCAGACUUCUUUGAUCGUUCAGAUUACCAGGAACUUGUUCCUGAGAGCCUGUGCUUCGGUAAGAUCAACAUGAGAAUUCCUAAAGCAUGGACCAGAGGGCCAAAUAGAAAGAAAGCCAGACGUCAACCGUCGAGGCCGGCCCAGCCAAUUGGAACAAGGUUCAUUCAGGCUACUCCAGAGAUUUAUCAGCCUCACUUUGCUCCUCCAGUGGCCCCAGUGGCCCAAGAACCGAUCCCAGUUGCCCCAGAGCUUGUUCAAGCUCCUCAAGAACAACCCCAAGAGCUGGCUGCUUAUUUCACCCAGGCACAAUUUGAAGCUCUUCAGGCAAACGCCCAUGCUAGACAACAACAGGCACAGAUCCAGGCCCAGGAACAGGCCCAAGCACAACAGUUCGAACAAGAGUACCAGUUUGAGUACAUGUACCGCUAUCGGUGA